UUUUAUUUAAGUUAACAUAUAUUAUUUUAAUUAAUUAAAUUGUGGGCUAAUCAUUUUAGCUUUAAUGAUAAUAACACUCUAGGUCUAUCCAUAUGGGAGAUUAUAGCAAAUAUAACUUUUAUAUUAGCCUAUUAUUUUUUCCAAAAGCAAAUAAAUAAAUCCACAUUUGUGUCACCGCGGAUUUCUGAUAUAGGCCUAAAUCAAAUUAGCGAAAGAUAUAUUGUGACAUUUAAAAAUGAGAAACAUGUCAACUUUAGAGAUUCUUCCUCGGAAAUUCAAAUCCCCAUCACUUAAUUGUAUUUAUUUAUUUUCCCCCUCCUCCGGGAAAUAUAACAAGGCAUGAUGAUAUAAAGAAACAAUUUAAAUAAACUAUUCGCAAAAAAAUGCGAAUGUAUUUUUUUAAUUGUUAAGACUUAAAUUAUUACUCGCGUGCAAUGACCGCGAAAAAAAACAGAGUUUAUAAAGCGGUGUCCGUGACCGGAGCGCACGCAUAGCCCGACUCCAUUCAGACAGAAGAAGAGCAGUGGAUAAGAAGACAGACAAUUUUCCUAAGCAGCUAAACCCCCCCUCAAAACAUCGUAAGUAUAUUUUUUGGUUGACUUUAAGACAUCUUCUCAGUAUUUAUGUUUAGAGAUAGUAAUAAUAGUAAAUUGUAUUUUUUUAUGCUACUAAGAUAUUACUUCCUUUUUCUUACCAUCAGAAUGGCGCAUCCAUAUUCCACCCCUCAAAAGCUGGCGCUAAAAUGUAUACAGACACGUCUAAUCCAAAAAGCUGGCUCAUUUGUCCGCCGAGGGUUUAAAAUUACCAUUGACACACAGCACACAUCAACAGUCUGUGCCCUCACAGAUGGUAGUAGGGCCAUUUACCACAAAAAAAAUGGCUCGUAUCCUGAAUUUGAGGAGGGGGCAUCGUAUAUUUUAAAAAAUUGCACAUUGUCCGACAGACAUGGGAGGCUCUGUCUUCUUGUGGGAAGAUCCACAUUAAAGUUUAGAACAGCUCCAUUAAAAAUUUCUGAGGAGGCAGAGAGAGCUGCAGUGGAAUUAAUCCAUCCACCAUCCUAUUCUGCCACUGGUGAGGAGGAGGAUCUGUUUUCCAGGAGUGGAUAUCUCAGCCUCCUAGGAAAAGUUGAAAAAAUCCAGAAAGUAAGGAUGACAAUGUCAGACAUCCCAGUCUUGGACCUCAAAAUGAAGUGCGGCGAAAGGCUCCUUGAUGUGUCCCUGUGGAGGGAUGAAGCACUCAGUGAACUCCAUGAGGGAGACAAUGUGCACAUCAGCCAUAUGCGUGCCACCAUUUUGGCAAGUGGCAAUGCAAAACUUCAGUCAUCGAACUAUACUACCAUUAAGAUCGAGGAGGUUGAACCUGUCGAACAGGAAGUUGAAGUUGUGGGAGUGACUGAAAUUGAUGACAACUGCCACCUACUUACUGCGGAUGAUGAAAUCUUUGUUGUGCCUUCUGAACAUUAUUGUGGCAGCAUUGAUGACCUAAUCAUGGAGUUGCCCAUGAAAAUUAUUGUAAAUCAUGUUAAUAAACGAGUAGUUAGCGUACAAACAGUAAACUAAUCAGUAAUCAGUUCAGCGAAUCAGUUUUAUUGUAGUCAUAGCUUUAUAGACUAAUCAGUAAUCAGUUCAGCGAAUCAGUUUUAUUGUAGUCACAGCUUUAUAGACUAAUCAGUAAUCAGUUCAGCGAAUCAGUUUUAUUGUAGUCAUAGCUUUAUAGACUAAUCAGUAAUCAGUUCAGCGAAUCAGUUUUAUUGUAGUCACAGCUUUAUAGACUAAUCAGUAAUCAGUUCAGCGAAUCAGUUUUAUUGUAGUCAUAGCUUUAUAGACUAAUCAGUAAUCAGUUAAGCGAAUCAGUUUUAUUGUAUUUUAUUUUUUUUGUAGUUAUAUAUA